GCUAUGAUAGUGGUCGCCUCAUAUACGGCUAAUUUGGCCGCUUAUCUGGUGCUCAAUCCACGCGAUGAUCACGCGGUGUCUGGGAUUGAGGACUCUCGACUCAGAAAUCCGACCGAAAACUUCACGUUUGCAACAGUGAAAGGAAGUGCAGUCGAUAUGUUCUUCAGAAGUCAAGUCCAUCUCUUCAAUGCCUACCGAACAAUGGAAGAAACGAAUAAACAGAGUCCCGAAGAGGCCAUCGCUGCCAUUAAAAAAGGAUAUUUGAAUGCAUUUAUAUGGGACUCGCCUCGACUCGAGUACGAAGCGGCCAAAGACUGCGAUCUCGUUAUUUCCGGUGAACUAUUCGGUCGAUCGGGUUAUGGCAUUGGAUUACAAAAGAAUAGGUCU